GUUAACGACGCAAGACGACUUCUGGUAAUAAUACUGUGGCUAUGAUGUUCCAGGUUCAAAGCUAAACUGGAGGCUGUGGGAAUUAAUAUCGCCUAGUAUACCAUCAGCUGUCAACCAAAAUGCCCUUCUAAGCUCGCGCACUCUAUUACUAUAUGGUUUCAAUCAAUAAGCCAAAGUCUGGCAAUAUUGGAGUGACCAAAUUCCAACAUUAUGUCUCGUGAACAUCAUGCUCCUUCUCGACAAGGCCCUACUUCCGGGCAGGCCGACAGAGACCCUGCAAGACGCAGUCAUACCGGAAAUCGUCCGAAAAAGAUCUUCAAUCCGCUACAGCGGGGCAUACAAGACUUCGUGACAAACCAUCUAUCACCAUCAACACUUUCCAACCACGGCCUAUCCCCAGAAACACUAGCAUCGUCACUCCCAAAACGCUUCACCGCAUAUGAACCGCUCCUAUUGCUUCCCGCGAAUGCAUUCAGCGCCCCCGCACCAUGGGGCUCACUCUACCAAGACCUAGAUCCGCAGCAGCGCCAGCAACUCUACGAGUCACUAGCCGCAUCAUUCAGCCACAUGGGCGUGACACACAUCGCGAUCAACGCCCCCAUCGCACCCACCGACACUCAAGGACACGAGAACCGCAUGCGCAGCCCCGUGGGCCUGAUCCCCUUGCACGGAGACUUCGGGCCCCCUCCAUCAGGAGAUGGCGAAGAAGCGCAGCCGAGUGAGCUCGAUUUCCAGCAUGCGCUGUGGGUGCGCACGGUGCAGAACCACGGGAUCGUGCAGAUCUGGGCGCCGCUGUACACUAUGUUCUCGCGCGGCAAUAUCACCGAGAAGGCGCGGAUCCUGGGCGCGUUUGAGGGGCUUGAUGAGGGCUCGCUUGCGGGGCAGGAGGUUGGGGACGUUGCUGUUGUUGAUAUGUAUGCGGGGAUUGGGUACUUUGUUUUCUCGUAUUUGAAGAAGGGGGUGAGGAGGGUGUGGGGGUGGGAGAUUAAUGGGUGGUCUGUGGAGGGGUUGAGGAGGGGAUGUGUGGCGAAUGGAUGGGGUUGCAGGGUGGUUUCUGUGCGGGACGGCGCUUUGAAUGUGUCUGUGCAGGAGUUGGUUGAGAGUCUUGAUGAUCAGACUAGGGUGGUUGUCUUCCAUGGUGACAACAAGCAUGCUGCCAGGAUUUUGAGUGACGUGCAGCGGGCGACGGCGACAACGUGCCCAGGUGAAUGGAACAGCAUCAGGCACGUCAAUUUGGGCCUCCUCCCGACAUCCCGUGCGGCGUGGGACAAUGCUUGUAGCAUGGUUGAUGCUCAGAGGGGUGGGUGGCUGCACGUCCAUGAGAACGUUGAUAUACAGGAAGUCGAGCAGAAGAAACAGGAGUUUACUACGGAGCUCCAAAGGAUACGGUCCCAGGCUAUCAAUUCGCCUGCCAUUGCUGAGUGCCGUCAUGUCGAAUAUGUGAAGACCUACGCGCCCGGGGUCAUGCACUGUGUCUUUGAUGUACGACUGUCAUCCCCAUCCGACAAUUCGAAAUAAGACGCUGGCGAAGAACAGCAAAGCCCAACCCACGAAUCUGACCCGUCGGAGAAACCGAGCCAAUACUCAGCGCAACCGGGCAAAGCUGGAUCCGGCCAGACCAAGCAGUGAAUAUCCUAUCCUCGCGACGAAAGGGUAUCGAUUUAUCGCAUCAUAUCAAGUAACCGGCAUUCACACUGUCCAAAGGAGACAUCAUAUAUACAACAAAAGAAAAAGGGGAAAAUCAACGCCGUACUGUACACGUCUUAAAUCUUCCUGCGGAACUUUUGCGGGAUGUUUUUCUCCACAAUUUGUGUCCUCUCAAGCUGUUCCAGCCUCUCUGCCGCCAUAUCCUCCUCGUCGUGUCUCCGGAAAUGCUCAAUGUCUUCGGGAUGGUUGAGGUCCUCCUCUGUUGUAUCGUCUCCGUGGUACUUCUCAUAAUGGUGGAUUUCAUACUCGUACUCGAUGUCACCGUGAUGACCGGGACCAAACCCAAGGUCGGGAAGUCGAGUGCCGGACGAGAUCA